CAGCGGUAGCGGUUUUCUGUUAUUUUUAUAAAUAAAAUCAAACUAACCUUACGGCCGAAUGUCUGUACAGCUUCCAUUUUUCGGUACUAUUGAAAUGGAUGGGUUAGAUGGAAUGCCUUUUUUUUCGUUGUGGUUAAAUUCAUCACUUUGGAUGGAUGGGAUACCUUUGGGUUGAGAGAAGGAGCAAAACUAUGGGUGCGUUCGCUUUUGCUUAUUAGAGGCUGCCAACUUUCGCUCUCAGGCGGGGCUUCACAUUUCCCCACCCACAAUGGCAUGGUCCGGUCCACGUUUUACCGGACUGUCACGUGAUGUGUCAAAUUUGCCUGAGAGUUGCCCCGCUCAGUUGAUUUUCUGCUUCCCCUCCCUCCCUCCCCCAAUGUCAACCGUACCAACUUUAUAUUCAAUAUGCUUUGAUUACAUUAAAACACAUUCAGAAGAUUUAACUUGUCUCGAUGGAGUUCCGUUUAAACCAGUUGUGGAAAAUAUUGUGAAAUACCUGUUUACGUCUGACGCUCCUUUAAACAGCUCAGUGCUAUCCGUCAUUCCUCAGACUCAUUCCAAGGCCUUGAGGGCUUCAAAUUCUGUGUGGACUCAGGUUGUGUUUGAAAAGUUAAGAUUUUCUAUUCAGCCCAUGUUAAAAGCAAUGUCUCACGAUUUUCCCAAGUUCAUUACUCACCUUAAAAUGGGUGCUACUGAUCUUUGCGACGACGAUGUUUUCUUGUUGAGUGGUUUUACGAAUCUCAUGGUGUUGGACCUGAAAGGAAACCAAAAUAUCACAGAUAGAACUGUUUCUUAUAUCACCACGAUGGCUUUAAAUAUAUCCGGUGGCAGAGGACUACCUUACCUUGAGAAACUUUAUUUUGACCACGUCAAAGGAAUUACUGACAAGAGCCUGAAAUUUUUUGGAAAGAUGUUGUACCUUUCGUUUGUAUCACUGACUGGGACCCAUAUCACGCCUCAUGUUGCCAAAGCUUAUCUAAAAGCACAAGGGUAUCAAAUGUUGGAUUCUCAUAUCAAAUCUCAUUUCAACGAAAAUUCAACGAAAAACUAUAAGCUAUAUUCUUUCAUUGAAAGAAAAUCUUUUGAGCAUCAAAUACAUCCAAAGAGAAACAGGUACAUGCCCGUUGAGGAAACAGCCAAUCUACCUCUGCUCGAGUUUAGCAAAAAUAUCACACACGCUACCCUGCGCUCCAAAGCACAUGCACCCGUAAAACCGAAACCAAAAGCCGCCAAGAGACAAAAGUUGUAUGCAAAUGAUUUCUUAGCGAUGAUGGAAAGUGAGCUAUCUAGAGAUGAUGAUGAAUAGAUGUAAACAAACACUAUAUCUUGUUUCUCGAUUAAAUCAAAUAUAGCCUAUCUUUGUUGGCAUUAUGUAAAUCAUAUCCUUAUAUUAAAUACCAUCAUUCAUCUUUAAAGAAGAAACUCUGGCUUAUAAUCAGCAUUUAUCUAAUAAAGUAAAAAAUGUAUU